AGAGUCGAUAAUUUUCAAUAUAGAAUAGAAAUUGAAAUACCAUGAAAGUAAUUCAAAUAACUAAAAUAGGAUAGAAAAACCUUAAAUGAAAUUUAUGUGCGUGUGUGAAUUAUUGCUAUCGUGCAGACCGCAAGGGGAAUACGUUGACCAGUCCAUGGCGUGCGAGUCCUGACCCUGAAGGUUGAAGCCCAAAGUCAUAGUGUAGACAGCGAGUCUAACUUGUUCAUCCCCUCGAGUUCGACUGCCUUGUUCUUGAUCUAAGUGCCUUCUUUCCCCAGCCGAAGAAGAAGAGCAGGAGGAGUAGAUGGAAGGAAGGGAUUCCAGUCAUGUCACCCUGGCCUCGCAACCGAACGCUCGCGUCGUCCUCGACGUCGGCGGCAAGCUCUUCGAGACCACCGUGGCCACUCUCCAAUCCGGCGGGCCCGACUCCCUUCUCGCGGCCCUCUGCCUCCGCGCCAACCCUGACUCCGAUGAAGAACCCUCACCCGUUUUCAUCGACCGAGAUCCCGAGAUAUUCUCCACCCUCCUCUCCCUCCUCCGCUCCGGUCGCCUCCCCUCCUCUGUCCUCAGCCGCUUCUCCAACCAGGACCUCCUCGGAGAGGCCCUCUACUACGGCGUCGAGGCCCGCCUCCGGUCGGCUCUGUCCCCGCCGCCACUGGUCGGUUUCGAUGCCACCCUGGUCGCCACCCUCCGCCCCGCAUCCGACGCCUUCCCCACCGCACUGUCCGCAGGAUCCGAGGACGGAUCCGUCUGGAUCGCCCAUGGCGGCCAGAUCUCCGCCUACGACUGGAGCCUCGCCGACACCGGGACCGUGCGGACGCAUCUGGACGAGAUCACGGCCCUCCAGCGCGUGUGGCCAGAGGUCGCCGCGGCCGGCUCGCUGGACUCCCCAGGUCUCCACUUCUACGACGUCUCCGGCGGUCGCCAUGUAGGAUCCGUCCACUGGUCCGACCCGGGCGAUCACCGGGUGUACAAGGCCAGGGUGACCGCGAUCGCUGCCGGGUGGUCCGGCCCCGACGACCCGGUGUACGCGGCGUUCGAGUGCCCUCACCCGGAGAACUGCAUCCUAGCGGUCGAUCCGGCGACGCUGCUACCGACGGCGGCGAUCGGGCGGCAGAGUGGGAGCGCAGCGAAGGCGGCGGCGCCGGGGCGGCUGGUGCACGUGCGAGAGCGGGGGCUGGUCUUCGCGGCGGCCGUGAGCGCGGGAGCGUUCGGGUACGCCGGCUACAUGCGGCUCUGGGACCCGCGGUCCGGGGAGGCGGUGUGGGAGACGAACGAGCCCGGAGCGGGGAGCAGCAGCCGGCGGUUCGGGGACUCGUUCGCGGACGCCGACGUGGACCGGGAGGGCUCGGCCAUCUACAAGGUUUGCUGGCGGUCGGGGGACGUGGCAGUAGCGGACAUGCGGCGGCUGGGGGAGGACCCUUGGGUGUACCUGGAGGAGCGGAGCGCCGCCGCCGGGAUGAGGAGCGCCGGGGAAGGGGCCAACAGCGUGCUCCGCUGCUACAAGAACCAGGUGUUCGUGGGCAGGGAAGCGGGACUGGAGGUGUGGUCGCAGAUAAUGGAUAAAGAAGGAGGACGACGACGGAGCGAACGGGAGACGGAGGCAGCUGUUUGCGAGAAUGCGUUCCGCAGGAUCUUUGUGGACAAGGAGGAAGACGCGAGGCGAGGGCUCAUCAAAGCGAUGGAAGGAGGUGGGGAUCGUCUUUUCCUGAGCAGGGAAGGGGUGGAAGGUGUCGAGGUGUGGGAGAGCUCCGAUCUUUCCAGGGCCAUCUCUCUCGUGUAGCACCUGUUUGUCGAAAUGCUUAGCUUAUGCUCCUGAGGCAGGACCAUUUUUAUCUUUUAGCCACAUCACUGUCUAUGGAAUUUUCCUCCUCGAAUUCUUUUCCUUAUCAAAGGAUUUAUCCAUGAUCAUCA